UGGAAAGCAAGGUUAGGAUUAGGAUUAGAAGGCAAGGUGGGGUGUGCCCAUUUUAUAAAAGACAAGGUGGAGUGCCCCGAUCUAGUCUAUGUUCUUAUAACAUAUGAAAUAAAGUUUGGUUCUUUUCCUCACUGUAUUUUCUCUCUCUUUCCCUCCCUUACAACCGCAAGGACUUGGAAUUUUCCGGCAUUGACUCGUUUAAGGUUUUUCAGCUUACUGAGUUACAGAUCGGGGAGGUUCAGGCACAUGAGGUAAGAAAGAAGAAGAGGGUUUGUAUAAAUCAAUGAAUUUUGGCAAUUCACCGAAAAUCUUAGGCACCAGAAGCAAAUUGGUGUUUUCAAUUGAGAGAAUCACUACCCAGAGCAGAGAUGAGGAAGAAAAGCUAGAAACAGUUGGCUGGUAGAAUGGAUCCAAUGAUUAAUCAUGGAGAGAUUUCCAAUCCCGCAGGAUAUUGAUUUCUUACCAACAAUGACAGGGAAGCCCAUUCCAAGAUCUAAUGUGAUGCUGACUGAUGGGCAAGGGAACCAAUUGGGCAGAACGAAUUGGCAACUGGGCGGAUUUUCCAGUGGAUGUGAACAGGAUGUGUCAAGUUACAGCAGAGUGACUCAACAUGCUGACCAGAUUGAUCAACUGGUUAGAAAUGGUGGGGAUAAUAUUAGGAAUGCAGGCAUAGGUCAUGAGGUGACAAGAAUGGGUAAUAAUACGGGCAAUCAUAUAGAGAGUCAGACCGCAGGUUUGAAUAGCAGUUUAUUAGCAAGUAUCUUAGCAUAUCCAAAUAUAGCUACAUUUACCUCUCCAGUCGCACCUCCUAGUGCAAGCACAUGCAUGGUUUGGAGGCCUUCAUUUCCCAACCUGCAUGCUCAAGUCAACAAUUGCAGUGAACCCAAUUUGCUGCUCGGAAACCAAGCUCGCUGCUGGAAUCUUUUGAGCAGCAGCUAUAUCUCACCCCAGACACACUAUGAACCUCCAUCGCCUUGGCUUCCUCACCAUGAUCUAAACUCAUCACCAAGAAUAGAAGCUGAUGCAGCCUCAAGUGUUACCACCUCUUUUAAAUUUGCCACAGUAGUGCCAGAUCAGGCCAAGAGAUUGGAGAGUAAGCUUCCUACAACAAUGAGUCCCUCGCGAGAAAAAAACUCAAGUGGAGAAAAUGAGAAAAAUGAUUUAGUUGUAUUCAAUGAACUCAAAGCCAAUCAACAAAAUUCAGAAGAGCUCUCGUGUAACAUUGCAGACUCAUCUUCUGCUGUCAUUUCUACACCAUUUGAGGGAGAAAAAGAUCUAGCAAGGCCAGAUGAACAAGGCAUCGACCUUAAUAAAACACCACUGCAGAAACCUCCAAAGAGAAGAAAGCAUAGGCCAAAGGUGAUUGUGGAAGGCAAACCAAAAAGGACUCCCAAGGCUGCAACCACAAAAAACACCGACCCCAAGGAGAAGUCAACUGAAAAGCGGAAGUAUGUUCGCAAGGCUUUGAAAGAGCCAGCAAUUCAACAAACAGAUUCUGCUAUAGAGACUACACCUCCCAGCUCUGCAAAGAGGAAGUAUGUGCGCAAGAAGGGCCUGAAUGAAUCAGCAGUUCAACAUACAGAUUCUAUUGGAGAAACCAUAAAUACCCGUCCUGUGAAGAGAAAGUAUGUGCGCAAGAAGGGCCUGAAUGAAUCAGCAGUUCAACAUACAGAUUCUAUUGGAGAAACCAUAAAUACCUGUCCUGUGAAGAGAAAGUAUGUACGCAAGAAGGGCAUAAAUGAAUCAGCAAAUCAGCAUGCAGACUCUACAGUAGGGAUUGCACAUUCCAGUGCUGAAGUUGGUGCAAAAUCAUGUAGAAGAGAAUUGAGGUUUGAUUUGGAAACUACCACAGAUGAAAGAUACAGUAAUGCAGCUGCUCAGGAGGACAUGCUGAAUAAAAAAAGAGGGACUUUUGAUCUGAACACAAGUCUUCAAGUGGCAGAUUCAAGCACUACAACUUCACAGAUGAACCAGCAUAAUAGUUUACAGGUUGAAAACAAGCAAUCAGGUGCUACAAGUAACCAGACACCUCUCAUGAACCAGAUGGGAAGAAGUUAUACAUCAAUUUCAGAAAGACAUGCAGUAGCUGCUGAACUAACUCCAAGAAAAAUCAUGCACAUGGAGAAUUUAAACGUCAAUGCAAGAGAUGCACGAGGAAUUGGUCAAGUUGUCUUUCUAGAAAAAAGACCAGAGCGGACUAGACAGAUAACAUAUCAGAAUACCCCUCAAUCAGUACAAAUGAUACCAUUAUAUUUAAUUGAGGGUAGAGGAUCCAAGAGAGAACACCUUCAUAUUGAGAAAACAAACACUUGUACUUUUCAACCAGUGGGCUCAUUGUUUGAUGAAUAUUAUCAAAGCAUUCCAGGCGUGGGAUGUUUGGAGGCCCAGAAAAGAAACAAAACAGAGAAUGGGACUCAAACAAACACACUGAGUAUGUCUUCUUGUGUUGCAACAACUAAAUAUCCUGGUGAGUGGUAUGUUCACCCGACAGCUUCACAGAACCUUCCAAAGCAAUGUAUUUCAUUUAACCCGAUUUUACACCUAGAAAGGACAGGAGAGUCUAAUGGAUUGGCUCAAGUCCAUAACUCCCUCUCCCCCACCACAAUAGCAGUUUGUCACAACCUUUCACAAACCCCUCUCAAAACAAACCAUGCAUCUGAUAGCCAACUGCAACCUGAAACUUGCAACACUGAAAUGUCAAGAAUACAGCAGAUGUCUGGAGCUACUGUGUCAAUAACAAUUCCAUCUGGAAAGGGUAGGAUGCCGCAACAACCAAAGGAUAUCUUGAAAGAACAUCAGCAGCCAUCUGCAAAGAGAAGAGGGCGACCAGCAAAGCAGAAAUUCUCCUCUACAAUUGAAGAAAUCAUACACCACAUGGAGUGCCUCAGUCUCAAUGCAAGGAGCAAAAAAAUAAAAAACAAAGAGCAAAAUGCACUUGUGCCUUAUAAAGGAGGUGGCACACUUGUUCCCUAUGACGGGUUUGAAUUUGUCAAAAAACACAAGCCAAGGCCUAAAGUAGACCUUGACCCAGAGUCAGACAGAGUAUGGAAACUGCUGAUGGGAAAAGAAGGAAGUGAAGGCCUUGAAAGAACAGAUAAAGGGAAGGAGCAAUGGUGGGAGGAAGAGAGAAAAGUUUUUCAUGGGCGAGUUGAUUCAUUCAUUGCAAGAAUGCAUCUCGUUCAAGGAGAUAGGCGUUUUUCAAAAUGGAAGGGAUCGGUUGUUGAUUCGGUAAUAGGAGUUUUCCUUACCCAAAAUGUUUCAGAUCAUCUGUCAAGCUCUGCCUUCAUGUCUCUAGCUUCAUUAUUUCCUCUGAAGUCUAGGAGCAAUGCAGCUCAUGACAGCCAUAGGAAAGGCAUCAUGGUUGAAGAACCAGAUGUCUGCAUGCAAAACCCAAAUGACAUCAUCAAAUGGAACAGCAAGUUUAGGUAUCCACUCUACAACCAAAGCCCCAUUACACACCAUGGAUCAGCAGAACCACAGGGAGAAUCUGAAACUUGGUGUAUAGAAAGAGCAAGCAUGGUAGGGGCACAAAGUCACAGCCUGGAGGAAGAAUUUGUAUCAUCACAAGAUUCUUUUGAUUCCUCAACUGUCCAAGCAAAUGGCGGAGUCAGAUCCUACUCAGGCUCCAACUCCGAAACAGAAGACCCUCCUACUGGUUGCAAACCUAGCACAAGUCAUGGUUUAUCUUUUGUGGAUCGUUUAGAGAUGGAGAGUCCCACCUUGCUAGAAGAAUUUGAUGGUUGUGAGAGUGGGAGUUCAUUGUUUCAUAGGGGAUCCGGGCAUGAAAAUGAGCAAGCAGAAGGUAUACAGAACAUGCAGCAAGGAGCUGGAUUGGAAAGAUUAGGUAAUCUGAACUGCUUUUCUCCAUAUAAUAAGCAAUUCGAUUACUGCAAUCCACAGAUGCAAGGGAAAGUGGUUUCGUGCAGUAACUAUGGGUUGCUACACAUGACUUCACAGUCCAAUGCACAGCAAGCAGAAGGCUUCAAAUUGCAGAGUGAAGAUUCCAUAUCUUCUUGGACAUCAAAUUCUUCCAGAUUCAACAAAGAAAAGGCUGCAAGCUGCUCAAGCAAAACUGUUGGACAAAAGGCUGCGAGUGUGGGUAAAAAAGCUGCCAGGGAAUACGAGUUGCCAAGGUAUCAAGAAGCUCCACUAGCAGUCCAACAUUCUCUCUACAGAAAGCAAUCAAUGUAUGAACAAAGCAGUUUUCAGCCUUACCAUGAAAAUCAAGUUAAUGAGAGGAACGAGACCUUGCAAUGGCAAAGCAUGUCAGCUGGUGGACCUGUAAAUCUUGCCGAAACAUUGCCUGAGAAGCAAAACAGUUACACACAGCACAUCUCGAAUGUCCCCAGACUCACAGAAAACAUUCUUGAUUUUCAGAGGAUCACUUCCGUGAAUAAGCAAACACCCCAAGAAAACAUAGUGGUUGACCCAAAUACAAAGAAGAAAGUACAUCCUGAUAACAGGGAAAACCUCAAGUCAAAUGCAAAUGCCUCAAAAGCUAGAAAAGGAAAAGUUGAGAGUGAGAAAGCAGAUGUAUUUGACUGGGAUAGUUUAAGGAAGCAAGUGCAGACAAAUGGAAGAAAAGAGAGAACCGAAGACACGAUGGAUUCCUUGGACUAUGAAGCAGUGCGAUGUGCUGGAGUCAACGAGAUUUCUGAAGCCAUCAAAGAAAGAGGGAUGAAUAAAAUUCUAGCAGAACGAAUCCAGGAAUUCCUAAACCGACUGGUAAGGGAACAUGGAAGCAUUGAUUUGGAAUGGUUAAGAGAUGUGCCCCCUGGCAAAGCAAAGGAUUAUCUGCUAAGUAUACGGGGGUUGGGGUUGAAAAGCGUGGAGUGUGUGCGGCUCCUAACACUUCAUCAUCUUGCGUUCCCAGUUGACACAAAUGUUGGGAGAAUAGCAGUUCGACUAGGAUGGGUCCCUCUCCAGCCACUGCCAGAGUCACUGCAGUUGCACCUGCUAGAACUGUACCCAAUACUCGAGUCAAUUCAAAAAUAUCUCUGGCCAAGAUUGUGCAAACUCGAUCAAAGAACACUGUAUGAAUUACAUUACCAGAUGAUCACAUUUGGAAAGGUCUUUUGCACAAAGAGUAGACCCAACUGUAAUGCAUGUCCCAUGAGAGCAGAAUGUAGACAUUUUGCAAGUGCCUUCACAAGUGCAAGGCUUGCACUACCUGGACCAGAAACAAAGGAUAUAACAACUUCAACCGUUCCCUUUAUGCCUGAAAAAAGCCCAAGCAUAGUCAUCAAUCCCAUGCCAUUACUUCCACCUGAGGACAACCAACAUAAAAGUGUGGGGUUUGAUAUUGGCAGUUGUGAGCCCAUAAUUGAAGAGCCAGUAACACCGGAUCAAGAGCAGACUGAAUUAGCAGAGACUGAUAUUGAGGACUUCGGAGAAGAUCCUGAUGAAAUACCCACAAUAAAACUCAACAUGGAAGAGUUUACUGAGAAUUUACAGAAUUAUAUACAUUCAAACAUGGAGCUCCAAGAAUACGACAUGUCCAAAGCAUUAGUUGCUUUGGAUCCAAAUGCUUCUAUCCCCACACCCAAAUUGAAGAAUGUUAGUCGCCUACGGACAGAACACCAAGUGUAUGAACUUCCAGAUUCACAUCCUCUCCUUCAGGGGAACUUGCAGAUGGAUAAAAGAGAACCUGAUGAUCCUAGUCCAUACCUUCUAGCAAUAUGGACACCAGGUGAAACUGCAAAUUCAAUUGAGCCACCUGAACAACAAUGUCAGUCCCGGGAACCAAACAAAUUGUGCAAUGAAAAGAUAUGUUUUUCAUGCAACAGUAUCAGAGAAGCUAAUUCACAAACAGUAAGAGGAACACUUCUGAUACCUUGUAGAACAGCAAUGAGAGGAAGCUUCCCGCUGAAUGGAACGUACUUUCAAGUGAACGAGAUGUUUGCAGAUCAUGAAUCUAGCCUAAACCCAAUUGAUGUUCCAAGAAGUUUGAUAUGGAAUUUGCCAAGACGGAUUGUCUACUUUGGAACUUCUGUACCAUCGAUAUUUAAAGGACUUUCAACAGAAGGAGUUCAGCACUGCUUUUGGAAAGGAUUUGUUUGUGUGAGGGGGUUCGACCAGAAAACAAGAGCACCCCGACCUCUCAAGGCCAGAUUACACUUUCCAGUAAGUAGGUUGGUAAAGACAAAGAACGAGAAAAAAUGACAAGCAGGAGAGCAGCAUGCGAAGUUUAACAGCAAUGGUUCUGACCAGCAAGACAUUGCUACCUUAUUUUUUGUUUAAUAGACAUGGCAAGCUUUGUGAAGAAGAAAGAUCCUUGACUAACAUUCUGUUGUAGAUUCAAGUGUUCUUCCUCUAACAUGAGAUGCAUUACAAUAUCCGAGCUGGGCACACAAAUUUCAAUUGAAGUGGUAGGAUAGCAUCGCUAAUGGGAUGUAGUUGAUGCGAUCCCAUUUACAGGAUCCAAACCCAGCUGAGAGAAUUUUCAUGUGUAAUUGUAGGAUGACAUGGCUAGUGGAAUUUAGUUGAUUUCAUAGUUUUUAAGAUGCUUUUUUUCUAUUCAAGCUCAAAACAGGGCCAUUCUUAAGAAACUAGUCAUUGUGAGCAACACUCCUGUCAUCCAAAUUAUUUCAAUUCAUGCUCGAAUCAGAGCUAUUUUCAAAAA